AUGAAGAUCUCCUUUAUCCAGACUCUCUUUUUGCUUGCUGGUGCUGUGGGCUUCUGCAAGGGAGAUAAGUCCGACAGUCGUCGAGUUUUGCAAGAGCUGGUUCAGCCCGAACAUCUUGAAAAGACUUGUGGAGAGCAAAAGUAUGCUCUGUUCAUUGCUGUGGAUGAAGACCACUUGGGCAUGUUUGCCCAGCCCACAAGAGAUCUCUCUGAGGGUGGUGCUGAUGAAAUGUGUGGUCCUGUGUUCUUCCACCAAAAGAACCCUGCUACCAAGGAAGUUGGCACAUCCAGCUUGUACAAGUUUCCUCCUGGUGCUCUCUACCCUCUUGGUGAUCACAAGAUGAGUGACCUUGUGAUGGCCUUCGAUACUGUGCCAGUUUCAGAUGCUGAUUAUGAUGUUAUCAAGCAUCACUGUGCAUUGUUGGUGCUCCAAAUGUUGUGCUCAUUGGAGAUUCCUGUCAACCAGGAAAUGAAAGAUUGGGUGGGCGAUGAGCUCAUGAAGACAAACUCGGCCCGUGACCACAUUGUUUCCCUCGCCCAAAACAGUAUCAACUUUGACUUGCUUGGAAUUACACGCAAUGAGUCUGCCACAACUUCGAUUCGUACUUUGGUUGCCUAUGAUGCCGACAUGUUCUACUGUGCUGCUACAGACAAGAAGCAGCAAGUUGAGUGCUCUGGUGCGAGCAACGUGUUUGGAUUUCUUUCGGCUUUUGCUCUUCUUGCUGUUGUAACCGGAUUCAUGGCUUGA